AUGUGCCAUAUUUUUCACAGCAGUUUUGAUUUUACGUUGUAGUGAAGUAAAGUAAACACUAAACAGCCAUCAUUCUUCAAUUUUAACAGGCCUUCUUUUGCAUUGGUUUUUAUAAAACUAAAACUGAAUGGCUUCGGAGGUUCCAAUUGCUUUAGUCACGGGGGCCAACAAAGGAAUCGGAUUGCAAAUUGUCCGUGAUCUUUGUCGACGGUUCCAGGGAGUUGUUUAUUUGACUGCUCGUGAUCAUACGAGAGGGCAAGAAGCAGUGGAGAAGCUGCAAAAUGAAGGACUUCAUCCGAAAUUUCUGCAAAUGGAUGUCAACGAUGUCAAGACUAUUAACCAAGUGAAGAAGCACAUUCAGGAUGCGCAUGGUGGACUGGAUAUCUUGGUGAACAACGCAGGGAUUUUAAUGCAUUCUAAAACCAAAGAGGAUUUCGGGAAGGAAGCCGAAACAAUUAUUGCCACUAAUUUCACGGGAGUUGUUGAUGUAUGCGAUCAGCUGUUCCCAUUACUCCGAGCUCAUGCAAGAGUUGUGAACGUAUCCAGCAGUCUGGGGAGUCUGAAUUACUUGACUAACAUGCAAGUACGAGGCCGCCUGGUUGCUGAUGAUUUGACUGUUUCGGAACUGAAGGAUAUCAUGGCCGAAUACGUCAGGGCAGCGAAAAAAGGAGAUUAUAAAGAGCAUGGUUAUCCCGGAUUUCCUGAUGCGUAUGGUGCUUAUCCGAUGUCGAAAAUUGGACUAACUGCAUUGACUCGCGUCCAGCAACGGAUGCUGGACCAAGAGAAACCUGGGAUGGAUAUCGCUGUAAAUGCGGUUCAUCCUGGCUACGUCGAUACAGAUAUGACGAAUCAUCAAGGACAUCUUACGGUUCAGGAAGGAGCAGAUACCCCGGUGUAUUGUGCGCUGUUACCCAAAGACAAAAACAUUCCCCGGGGCCAGUAUUUAUCUCACCGAAAGGUUGUUGAUUGGGUGAAUGGUACCGGCUAGAUGCUAGUACUCGAUUCAAAAAGAGUUUGAAUAUUGUGAUUCAAAAAAUUUUUGCCAAGUUUAUUGCAUGCAUUCUAUCGCUUUGGUCAGAGUUUAAGUUAAUAAAAUAUCUAAAUUUG